ACUAGUACGCUAACUUCUUUCUCCUACCUUUCAGAGACUGUGUCCACCGAGCUCACUGGGCUCUUUGUGGAGAAACCACCAGAGAGUACAGUCGCUGUCACAGGAUCGGAUAUCCAUUUCGUAGCCAAGGUUGACACAACCAAGCUGGCCAGGAAACCCACCAUGAAAUGGCUGAAGGGAAAGUGGCUGGACCUUGGCAGCAAGGCUGGGAAACACAUGCAGUUCAAAGAAACAUUUGACAGGAAUACUAAGAUCUACACUUAUGAAAUGAAGAUCAUCAAAGUAGUCCCUGGAGAUGCUGGAGGCUACAGGUGCGAAGUGACUUCAAAAGACAAGUGUGACAGCUCCAACUUCGAGAUCUCUGUUGAAGCUGCACACCAAGAGGAGCAGGCAGAUAUUUUGUCUGCUUUCAAGAGAGCGGAUGCUGGAGAGGACGAGGGAGAUCUGGAUUUCAGCGCUCUGCUGAAAGCCACUAAGAAGAAGAAGAAGGCUCAAAAAGCGCCCGAGCAGGUAGACGUAUGGGAAUUGCUUAAGAGCGCCCAUCCAUGCGACUAUGAGAAAAUCGCCUUUGAGUAUGGCAUCACUGACCUGAGGGGCAUGCUGAAACGUCUGAAAAAGAUGAAGACUGUUGAGCCCAAGCAUACCGAGGCUUUCCUGAAGAAGCUAGAUUCUUGCUACUCAGUGGAUAAAGGCAAGAAGAUUGUUCUGACGUGUGAGGUGGUUGAUCCCAUGGUCCAGGUCAAAUGGUUGAAGAACGGCCAGGAGAUCAAACCCUCAGCCAAGUAUAUCAUUGAGGCAAAUGGGAAUUUGAGAACACUUACCAUCAAUAAGACAAACCUGUCCGAUGAUGCUGCAUAUGAGUGUGUGGUUGGCGAUGACAAGAGUUUCACAGAGGUGUUCGUCAAAGAGCCCCCUGUGACCAUCACCAAGCUGAUGGACGACUAUCAUGUGGUUGUUGGAGAGAGAGUGGAGUUUGAGAUCGAGGUCUCGGAGGAGGGUGCCCAUGUCAUGUGGUUCUUUGAAGACAUAGAGCUUCACAGAGACAAAGACUCCACAAAGUAUCGCUUCAAGAAGGAUGGAAAGAAGCACACACUGAUCAUCCAGGAGGCCACGGAGGCUGAUAUUGGAAUGUACCAUGCGUGGACAAACGGGGGGCACACCAAAGGAGAACUGGAAGUGGAAGAAAAAGAACUGGAGGUGCUGCAGGACAUUGCUGAUCUCACGGUCAAGGCAACUGAUAGUGCCUUGUUCAAGUGCGAGGUGUCUGAUGACAAGGUUACAGGAAAGUGGUUCAAAGAUGGAGUGGAGGUCUUGCCAAGCGACCGUAUCAAAAUGACCCACAUUGGAAGGUUUCAUCGACUGAUUAUUGAUGAGGUGAAGCCAGACGAUGCUGGCGACUACACAUUUGUUCCUGAUGGAUACGCUCUGUCCCUUUCUGCCAAACUCAACUUCUUGGAAAUUAAGAUCGACUAUGUGCCCAGACAAGAUCCUCCAAAGAUCCACCUGGACGCCACUGGAAGCAUGGUCUCCCAAAACACCAUCAUUGUGGUGGCAGGCAACAAGCUCCGACUGGAUGUGGAAAUCACAGGCGAGCCAGCACCUACAGUUGUUUGGUCCAAAGGAGAUCAUGAGAUCACAGAGACUGAAGGGCGUGUAAGAGUGGAGACCAAGAAGGACUUGAGUUGCUUCAUCAUAGAGGGAGCAGAGAGGGAGGAUGAGGGCAAAUACAACAUCGUUGUGACCAACCCUGCUGGAGAGGAUAAGGCUAUACUUUUUGUGAAGAUUGUGGAUGUGCCCGACCCUCCUGAGUCUGUCAAAUGCACAGGAGUGGGAGAGGACUGUGCUACUAUCACCUGGCAGCCUCCUAAAUUUGAUGGUGGUGCAGUAGUGAAAGGUUAUCUCAUGGAGAGAAAGAAGAAAGGCUCUUCCAGGUGGACAAAGCUUAACUUUGAUGUAUAUGAAUCAACUACAUAUGAGGCUAAGAGGAUGAUUGAAGGUGUUCUGUAUGAGAUGAGGGUGUUUGCUGUCAACAGUAUUGGCCUGUCUCAGCCAAGUCUCAACUCCAAACCCUUCAUGCCUAUUGCCCCAACUAGCGAGCCGACACGUCUGACUGUAAGCGAUGUGACAGACAGCACAUGCAGCCUGAAGUGGCUCGCCCCAGAGAAGAUAGGAGCCGGGGGCCUGGAUGGCUACAUUAUUGAAUACUGCAAGGAUGGAGACACUGAGUGGGUGGUAGCAAACAAGGACCCUUGUGAGAGGCAGGGGUAUGUGGUGCGUGGCCUUCCCGUGGGAGAGAAGAUACACUUCAGGGUGGUGGCCAUAAACAUCGCUGGACGUAGCCCUCCUGCAACAAUGGCACAGCCCGUCACCAUCCGUGAGAUCGUGGAAUAUCCCAAGAUCCGCCUUCCUCGUGACCUGAGAACAAAGUACACCAAGAAAGUAGGAGAAAAGAUCAACCUGACCAUACCCUUCCAGGGUAAACCACGCCCCGUUGCAACCUGGUACAAGGAUGGUGAACCCAUUGACCCCAAGAUGGUCAAUGUCCGUAACAGCAACGUGGACAGUAUCUUCUUUAUCCGCUCUGCAGAGAGAACGCACUCAGGAAAAUAUGAGCUGGUUGUACAGAUUGAGAACAUGGAGGACAGAGCUGCCAUUGAUAUCAGGAUUGUUGAAAGGCCAGGGCCUCCUAGGAACGUGAAGGUGACAGACAUCUGGGGCUUCAAUGCAGCACUGGAGUGGGAGGUCCCCAAGGAUGAUGGCAACUGUGAGAUUAUUGGAUACACCAUCCAGAAGGCAGACUUGAAGACCAAGGAAUGGUUCACCGUUUAUGAGCACAACAGGCGGACUCACUGUACAUGUUCAGAUCUAAUCAUGGGCAAUGAGUACAUGUUCCGCGUCUACAGUGAAAACCUUUGCGGCCUGAGCGAUGACAAUUGCCCCAGCAAGAACACGGCUGCCAUUGAAAAGACAGGCCUGGAGUUCAAACCAACCCCCUUCAAGGAGAAAGACAUGACCUGUAUGCCCAAGUUUACACGGCCCCUGGUUGAUAGAUCUGUGGUGGCCGGUUACAGCACUGCCAUCAGCUGUGCCGUCAGAGGCUUCCCCAAGCCUAAGAUCAUCUGGAUGAAGAACAAGAUGAUCCUUGGUGAGGAUCCCAAGUUCUUAAUGCAAAACAACCAGGGAGUGCUGACCCUCAACAUUCGCAAGCCAAGCACCUUUGAUGGAGGCAAAUACUCCUGCAGGGCUAUCAACGACCUGGGCCAGGACGAAGUGGAAUGCAGGCUGGACGUCCGAAUUCCCAAAGACCCAGACAAGGAAGAUAAGAAAUGAGCAACCGAACAGCAAAGAAUGUGAAAUGAUAUGAACCAAACACUGAAUGAACAGUGAACAUCAGCAUGUAGACCUUACACUGCAUAAGUGAAUCAAAUAAAAUUGAAUGAUGCCUAUGA